CUUUGGAAAAGCAAUUCCGAGUUCUGUUAACAGAACCCCCGAGGCGAGGCCUCCCCGCGCCUCCGGGGUUUAGGUUCUGGGGUGCGUGUCCCGCGCAGCAGCUCCUCUGAGCACUUCCUGCCUGGGACACGUCGCAGCUCCGGGAACCAGGACUCACGAGUCGCCAGUCCUGCCGGCACAGUGAUCCCAGAGGCGCCCGCGCCUCCGCUGUACGGCGGGGUCCAUGCCAAGAUGGCCGCGCCCACAAGCAAUCUCCGCAGGUCUCCGCCAUCGAAGCCCCCGGACCCUCUGAAGCGGUGCCCGGGGUGGCCGCCAUAUCGGCCUCUGACUCCAUCGAGGACCUGACAAAGCCAGAGGCGCUGGGUCGGAGGAGUGCGGACAAAGCCAGGCGUCCGGAGGAGAUGGCUACAUCCGAGCCUGCGGAAAGCGAUGCGGUGAGGGCGAAGGAAUGGGAGCAGCUGGAACCUGUGCAGAGAAAUGUGUACAAGGAUACGAAGCUAGAGAACUGCAGCAAUCCAGACUCCAUGGGAAAUCAAGAUACCAAACAAGACAUAGUCUCCAAGUUGGAAGAAGAAGAACCAUCAUCGGGAAAGGGGAAAAAAACCAGCCCAAGUAGUCUGGACAAAAUAGCAAGGCCCAAGAAGGCAGGAACAAGUGCAAAACUCCAACAAGAUGAUGAGCAUAGGGAGGAAAAGCAGAAGUCCCAAAGCAGACUUACUAAGGAAGUGACACUCAGGAAGAAAAGUUCCAACAGUAAGAAAAGCAGUGAGUAUGGUUUGUUGGAGAACAAAAGUGUCGACUCAAAACACACUCCUUCUGAGAAAAAACUGCCUAAGUCCAGUUCCCGUGGGAAGAACUCGAAUCAGAAUUCAGACUCUCUGAAAAGGAAACCUGACACAGCUAAUGAAUACAGGAAAUCACUCAGCCGUUCUGCAUCUGAUGUGAACAAAGAUGAAAUUCCAACUAGAAAGAAAUUCGACAAGUUACCCAACAAUAAGUUGUCUGAUAAAGGUGACAAAAACCAAACCAGCAAAAAAUGUGAGAAAGUAUGCCGUCAUAGUGCAUCCCAUACCAAGGAAGACAAAAUUCAGACCGGGGAGAAACGGAAAUCACACUGCCGUACUCCAUCUAAACCUGACAAAGCCCCAGGUUCUGGGAAACCUUAUGAAUGUAACCAAUGUGGGAAGGUCCUCAGCCAUAAACAGGGACUCCUUGACCAUCAAAGAACUCACACUGGGGAGAAACCAUAUGAAUGUAAUGAAUGUGGGAUAGCUUUCAGCCAGAAGUCCCACCUUGUUGUACAUCAGAGAACUCACACUGGGGAAAAACCAUACGAGUGUGAACAGUGUGGCAAAGCACACGGUCAUAAACACGCCCUCACUGACCAUCUAAGAAUCCAUACUGGAGAAAAGCCCUACAAAUGUAAUGAAUGUGGCAAAACCUUUAGACACAGCUCAAACCUUAUGCAACACCUAAGAUCUCACACGGGUGAGAAGCCGUAUGAAUGUAAGGAAUGUGGCAAAUCCUUUAGAUAUAAUUCAUCUCUUACUGAACAUGUGAGAACACACACAGGUGAAAUACCAUAUGAAUGUAACGAAUGUGGCAAAGCUUUCAAGUAUGGCUCCUCCCUGACUAAACAUAUGCGAAUUCAUACAGGGGAGAAACCAUUUGAAUGUAAUGAAUGUGGGAAAACUUUUAGCAAAAAGUCACAUCUAGUUAUACAUCAAAGAACUCAUACAAAGGAGAAACCUUAUAAAUGUGAUGAGUGUGGGAAAGCCUUUGGACAUAGCUCAUCUCUUACCUACCAUAUGAGAACUCAUACAGGUGAUUGCCCCUUUGAAUGUAAUCAAUGUGGUAAGGCCUUUAAACAAAUUGAAGGCCUUACCCAACACCAGAGAGUUCACACAGGGGAGAAACCCUAUGAGUGUGUUGAAUGUGGGAAAGCCUUUAGUCAGAAGUCACACCUCAUUGUACAUCAGAGAACUCAUACAGGGGAGAAACCCUUUGAAUGUUAUGAGUGUGGAAAAGCCUUCAAUGCAAAAUCACAACUUGUUAUUCAUCAGAGAUCCCACACUGGAGAGAAACCCUAUGAAUGUAUUGAAUGUGGUAAAGCCUUCAAGCAAAAUGCUUCUCUUACCAAACAUAUGAAAAUUCACUCAGAAGAACAAUCUGAGGAAGAAGAUUAAUGUAGGAAAUCUGACAACUGACUGGUUUGGUAUUAUUUAACCUUAAAGAUGUUCUCAAUUUGAUGAUGUUAGAAAAUCUUUUUAAAGAAAUCAUUCCUUGUGAUACAUGAGAGAAUUUGAAUAUGGAUCUUUACAUAAGAUGGUAAUAAAAUUUAACCUUGAUCC